CCUGACAUCUCGUUAGCCUAGGCCACUUUACUGACAUCCAACCUGGGUAACAUAUGCCGCCUACACUUCAGCACACUUUUAUGACCCAUUUUACUUUCCUCAUUCCACCCACAAGCUUUUCAACAAGCAUCCCAAGGAAUAGGGAAAGCUGGUUUUGUUCCUUUCGUGCAGUCCAGUGUUUGUAUGUUUCUACCUUUGUUUGGUUAUCUCUUCAUGCUCCACUUUGAAGUCUAAAACUAAUUCCCCCUAGCUGCGUCAACAAAGCCAAACCUCCCGUAUCAGGAUUACUCAUCAAUCAUUCUCAGUACGACAGAACCAGUCUUCUUCCACACUUGGGAAAACCCUCUGAGUAGCGUUGUCCUGCCGAGAUAUUUCAACUUAUCUUGGAAUUAUGGGAGCAGCGUUUUCUUCCGAAGCCCCAGAACUACAUACACCGAUCGCACUGAAGAUGCCAGCAUUGUCUACUAUUGCAAUCUUCAAAACUGCAGAGAUGCAACGAGCUAGACUCUACCUUUGGUGGGAGAUCGAUCUCUCAAAGCAGGGCCUCGGCGAUCUUGGACGCAUCAAGUCACAACAAGAUCUAUUUGAUCUGGCUCAAGGUUUGGAUCCCCGAAAGUCGCGGUAUGAAAGACGGGCUAUCAUCGAGGCAGUGGCUAUGCAGAUUCUCAAGACCUCGUCCCCACCAGCUUGCUCCAAGUCAAAGAGCCGGACAUGCAAAAUACUCUCUUGCAUACCACGCAAACUCAAUCUUUCCCUAAAAUCGAGAGGCCCGAAGGAUGAAGUGGACCCGCCAAUAUUUAUGCCAGAUUGUAUUUGUCGUAGCCACGAUGUAGGCGCGGGAUUCCGCAGACAUAAUAUGCUACCACUCCAAUUUUUUGGACAUGAAUAUCACAAUAUAGGCGAUCUCCGCAAGAUACCGAAUCCUUUCUACCCUGAUGUAUCAAAAGGGCACCCAUACAACUACAAUGUACAGUCUCAAUUCUCGUGAGUACAUGCACAGAAACUUCUAGCUUCCAAGAGACUAACAAAUUCCAAAGGUUGAUGCAAGGAUUGAUGGCCCUGCCUGCAGAGAUUAGAUACAUGAUUUAUGAGUUUGUUGCUUUCUCAUCUCCCGCACCCGCCAUUACCCAGAGCACUGCGAGAAUCUUUGAAAUGGGCAUCGCGCGAAGAACCAAAACCCCAAGAACCCAACCGAAGUAUGUCUUGGCCGACGAAGUGGCUCCCGCCUACUUCAGAGCAUCCGAGUAUAGAAAUAUCGAAGGAUUCCUAGAGGCUCUUAGAGUCUUUGAAGGAAGACAAUGGUGUCCGAAGCGAAGCAAGUGCAACUGCUGUACUGGAGAACUACUCGAUAGACAGAAACUAAAAUGCAGACGACUUGGUGUUUUGAACGACUUUUUAGAUUGGUUGUGGGACAGCAUUGUGCUCGACUUUACUUUUGUUGCGCGGCGAGCUUCUUUUGAACACACUUAUGGUUGGGUAAGUCUAUUCCAGCUUUCUUUCAAGCUUUUAUGUUACUGUAUUGCAAUGCUAUGAAUGUCAACAUGCUGACCCUUGUAAAGGGAUUUAAUCCUUCGAAACCAGCUCCUUGCCCCGCACAAGAACACCAUCUCAGAAUAAGACACAUCACAAUUACAACACCCUUUGGCGUGAAUUACACCGAGGUCGAGAAACCUUUCGUGACGGAGCUGAAAGAUGUUGCAUACCUUUGUCGCUACAUCAAGAAGAAUUUACGUGGCUUACAUUCUAUCCGAGUAUUCUUCCGACUUCGUGAAAGACAAGCUAAACACUUUUUGGGACUAAAGCAGGAACCGGAAUGGUUGUUUGAGAUGAACAAUAACCUCCCUGUACUGCAAAAGUUCGAGUGGUAUGUUUCGGUUGUCCAGAAUGGCACGCUGAAUUAUGAAAAGGGAGUGGAGCAGAAGGAAUUGACGGAUCGCAUGAUUGAGAGUCUGAAGAAGAAGUUGAAGCCUAGAAUGAAGCCUGGGUUUGCUUAGUGGAGGGAAAAAAGUACUACAUAUGGGUUGAUUUCGCAUGCAGGGAUUGGGGUGAAGAGAAGGGGGGUAAUGAUCUUUAUUGAAGACCUCUCAUCACAUUAAUAAGAAGAAUGUCGAGCACUAGGAGAAAAU